GGCGGAGGGGCNCGAGGAGGAGGCUCCGGACGCUGCUCAGGAACCGGGGACCCGGGAGUGCCCGCGCCCUGAGCGCUCAGCUCCGGAGGCGUCAUGGCUGAGUACGGGACCCUCCUCCAGGACCUGACCAACAACAUCACCCUUGAAGAUCUGGAACAGCUCAAGUCAGCCUGCAAGGAGGACAUCCCCAGUGAGAAGAGCGAGGAGAUCACUACCGGCAGUGCCUGGUUUAGCUUUCUGGAGAGCCACAACAAGCUGGACAAAGAUAACCUCUCCUACAUUGAGCACAUCUUUGAGAUCUCCCGCCGUCCUGACCUACUCACUAUGGUGAUUGACUACAGAACCCGUGUGCUGAAGAUCUCUGAGGAGGAUGAGCUGGACACCAAGCUAACCCGUAUCCCCAGUGCCAAGAAGUACAAAGACAUUAUCCGGCAGCCCUCUGAGGAAGAGAUCAUCAAAUUGGCUCCCCCACCGAAGAAGGCCUGAGCAAGGGGGAGGAAGAGAAGGAAGGUUGGACCUUCAUCGGACCACUCCCUUCCCCGAUCCUCUAGGGGAGGGGGCAAGAGCAACCCCCCCCAUCUACUCAUUUACUAACCUGGUCCUAACCCCCUUACUGUGCGCGUGUG